AUGUCUAAAGGGAUUUUUUCAGUGCCUAAAAAAGAUGACUAUGUACCAAAACAAACUCAAGGACAGCAAAAUUUAAGGUUUGGUAUGCCUGGUGUUGCUGAAAAUGAUCCUAAACCACUUUCAAAUUUCGGCCAUCUACCAGAGAAGGAUGAGGUGAUAAUUCACGGUGAAGGAAUUUCACCAGCAGAAGAAAAUAGAAAUAUUGCAGAAUUAAAAGCUCUAAUGCAUGAAAAACAAAAGCAUGAAAGUAAAGAAAGAGAGGAUCAUAAACCUGGUCCUCAAUCUGCUGCCGUUGCAUCGGCAUUAGGCAAAUACACAACUGCAAUUGCCCAAGAACGUUUGGAAAACCCUUCAGAUCUAAUCAACUCUGACAAUCUUCCACCCGUCAAACAUCCUGACGAAAAUGAAUUAUUAAAUCGAUUGAAAGAAGAGGCCAAAGAACGUCAACUUGUUGAAAAUUAUGAAAUGGUGGGAACUGUAAGAGGCGGUGUAGCCGCAAAUGUUCAAUCUGCUGCCGACAAACUUGAAAAUACUUUGAAUACUCAACAUCAAUAA